GCAGUGGAUUGAAUUUCGACCUGACAGCAUUCUCCAGAGAAAUAGUAGGCAUGAGAGAGAGCAAAGGGGAGAGACUGAAGGCUGUGACCUACAAACAAGCUUAACUAUCUUCACUUCACCCAGGGUGGGGUAUCAGCAGACAGAUUAACACUACCCCUGAAGGAGCCAUGGUGCAGACAGACAGACAGCCAGACAGACAGACAGCCAGACAGAUACCCUGUGGCGGAGGUACAGUAGUGGAGGCACCGUGAUUCUCUUGAGUAAUUAGUCUCUUUCAACAGUAGCUGACUGACAGAGGGUACCUGAUAUGUUUCUUGAUAACUUCAGCAGCGUUGUGCAUUUCUCUCUAGAGUAAGGGGACAAACUGUCCUCACAAAGAACUAAAUAGAAGCUGAAUGACAGACCAAGGAAUGGAGAACCAUGACAAGGGUGGAGGUGAAGGAGGAGGAGAAGGAGACAAGAAACAUCUCCCAGAGGAGGUGAGCGAGAGCGACAAGGAGACCAAGGACCAGCGCAACAAGGCAGAGAAGGGAGAGAAGGAGACAGAGAACAACGGCAGUGAAAAGGAGAGGGUUGAGGGGAAAAGGGAAAGCUGUCGUCGCUCAGGCUCCCUGUGGAGGGGGGGUUGGGCCCUGACGGAGCGGCUAGCCAUCAACGUGUCAGGGAUGCGGUACGAGACACAGCUCCGCACUCUGGCCCAGUUCCCUGACUCCCUCCUGGGGGACCCUAACCGCAGAAUUCGCUACUUUGACCCUCUGCGCAAUGAGCUGUUCCUGGACCGUAACCGGAACUGCUUUGAUGCCAUCCUCUACUUCUACCAGUCUGGCGGGCGGCUGCGGCGGCCUGCCAACGUGCCCCUGGAUGUGUUCUUGGAUGAGCUGCGCUUCUAUGAGCUUGGUGAGGAGAUCAUGGAACGCUUCAAGGAGGAUGAGGGCUUCCCCAAGGAGGAGGUGCCUGCGCUGCCUGAGAACGAGAUGCAGAGGAAGGUUUGGAUGCUUUUUGAGCACCCAGAAUCCUCCUCGGGCGCACGCAUCAUCGCCAUCAUCAGCGUCAUGGUCAUUGUGGUGUCCAUCGCCAUCUUCUGCUUGGAGACGCUGCCUGACUUCAGGAACGAAAAGGAGCUCCGAGAGAAAUUCACCUACCAGCCCCAUCCUACCAUCCCCAACAUCACCAUCCUGGUCCCUCCCACUGGCAGUGCUUUCCAUGACCCCUUCUUCCAGGUGGAGACCAUAUGUAUCUUCUGGUUCUCCUUUGAGCUCAUUAUGCGCUUAGCCAGCUCCCCCAGUAAGCUCCACUUCUUCAAGGACGUGAUGAACACUAUCGACUUCCUCGCCAUCAUUCCCUUCUUCGUCACUCUGGGCACAGAGCUGGCCAGGGACAAAACCUCCAACAAGGACCCGGGCAUGUCUUUGGCCAUCAUCAGGGUCAUUAGGCUGGUCAGGGUGUUCAGGAUCUUCAAGCUGUCGCGUCACUCCAAGGGCCUGCAGAUCCUGGGCCAGACUCUGAAGGCCAGCCUGAGAGAACUGGCCCUGCUCAUCUUCUUCCUCUUCAUCGGAGUCAUCCUCUUCUCCAGCGCUGUCUACUUCGCCGAGGCGGACAGCCCCGACACGGUGUUCACCAGCAUCCCCGAGGCCUUCUGGUGGGCCGUGGUCUCCAUGACGACAGUGGGCUACGGGGACAUGUACCCUACGACUCUGGGGGGCAAGCUGGUGGGCUCUAUGUGUGCCAUCGCUGGUGUGCUCACCAUCUCCCUGCCAGUCCCCGUCAUUGUGUCCAACUUCAGCUACUUCUAUCACCGAGAGACGGAGUGUCUCGAGAAAAUCAGUGAGUACACCCACAUCAGUACCUCUCUCUGGGAGGGUGAGGAUGAGGAGGGAGACAAGGGGGAGGGAGAUUACAAUCCCCUGUAUGUGGGCGACUGCAAGGGAAUCUGUAACCCCCUCAAUGGGACACUGCUGUCAGGACUGUGUGCGGGGCAGGACGGGUGGGAGAACAAAGGCAACGUGUACCUCAGGGAACCCCUGGUCACUCAGGUGUGAGACAGGAUAGAUGGAUAGACAGAGGAUCUGCUGAAUACAACCCUGGUAUUCUGCCUCUAAGUUAAAUAGAGAGAAAGAUAAAGGAGGAUGGCAAAGUAAAGGAGAAGAGAUACAAACUAUUUUACUCAAGGACUUACUUGCACUGUCAAUGGCUUACACCGUUUACUACAAACAGAACUGAUGAGUCCAUGGCAGAUAUUGUGACAGCUUGCUUUUUGCUAAUGUCACUGAGAAUCGAGUAUGAUGCCAUCAUAUUGACAAUAAAAACAGCUGAAACAGAAUGUAUAUUUAUUUAUGAUAUAUUUACCAGAUUGUAAUAACAGUUUAUACAGUACAUACAACUCUAGCAAUUGUAAAUGUUGGUGUUUUUAAGACAUGGGUGAAUUGCAGUGCCAUUUUAUUUGUUAUUGUGUGCUAGCUAGCUAAAUGCACAGGGCCGUUUUGAAUGUGUGUAGAGGGUUGACUAAGGGCGUUUUUACAAUUUUUGUGAACCCAGUGCAGUUUGCAAAUUUUUUUGUGCAGCGUGAACACUCUCAAAGAACUCAGACCCCCUCAGAAGAGCCCCCUAAGCAAACCGAACUGAGAUCAUCUCGAGAGCUGGUCUGAGUUCGGUUCUCUUGAAUUCCGAGGUUUGAUUCCUUUUUUAGGGCAAUGUGAACACAAAGCUCCCCGGGUUCACUUGUCAUUAUUUCCGCACGACACACGAGGCUACUGCAGCAUUGUUUCCCUUGCCGUUACCACUCACAUUGGUGCGACAAAAGAGAGAAGUGGAUGUGCAGGUUCAUGGAAAAUAAAGUGAUGUUUUUAUAUUGAUUAGCGAUUGUCAAGAAUCCACAGAAAUGUUUAGUUUUUAGUUCAGACUAUUUGUUUGCCAUAUGUGAUCUAUAGGCUAAGAGAGGUUCAUAAACUGUUUAUUUGAUUGUGGGGUUUGAAUAGUGUGAGAAGACAACAACAUAUUUGGUGAGAAUCACAACAUAGGGUCCAAAAUCAAUUCUAGCUCUUAAAAGGGCGGUAGCCUACAUUGGGUGUACAAUAUUCAAUUACAGUAUUAUUUAAUCUGCAGUUAUUCUUCUGCUAUUUAUUCUGUAACCAAUAAUAUGUACAUGUAGUAGUGUCUUCUGAUAAAAAUGAUUAUUUCUCCCCUUUUUUCACUAAAUGCAGUCUAUUAGCUUUCAAAAUGUAAGCAGGUGUAUAUAGCUGUCCGAUAACACGUUUUGAUGGAAUGUCUUGUCCUGCACUGCACUUUGUAAAACCCUGGAGUGCAUUGAGUGAAUUUUGGAAAAAGAUCUUGGUUCCUUUCUAAACAUGGCAAUGCAAAGAGGACUCAGACCACAGGAUAGGUGAAGUGAACUGACAAAAGAGUUGAGUCCUCAUUCAAAGAUCAGUUCUUUUAAAGAGGACUAUGUGUAAAAACACUCAAUGUCCUGAUGGGACUGGGCACCGUCUCUGAAAGCUAUGGCAGAAAUGCUCUGCAGUGAUAUUGUGGUGACAUGGAACACAAAGAGAUCAGCCUGGGGGCUGUGGUGCAAACAGAGAGCAGCCCUAAGCGUUGGUCCUGGGCCAGUGGAGAGUUUUCAGUGUGUAAUGGAGACAGCUAGGCUGGGCGGCAGGGAAAUCUGAUCCUGGACCUGUCAGGCUUCCAGCUGACCCUUCCUCCCAAUGUCUGUGCAGGGCUAACACUAGUAGAUACCACUGGCCUACAUACACACUCACCCCACUGGGUAGAAGUACUUUACUGGUCAUCCAAAGACACAUCCCUGCCCCUGUCCAUGUUACCAUGGUGCCUCAAUUACCUUGCCUAGAAUGUGUCUUAACAAAAUGCUUUGCACAGUGUUCAGUGUUUAUACUGUGCUUUAUAAAUAUGUUCUCAUGAUCAGAGAUUGUGAGCUGCACAGAUUGUAUAAGAGAGUGGGUUGUGUGUGUAUGUGUAUAUGUGUGUGUGUGUGGUUACCAGUAUGUGUUCUAUGACUGUGUGUGUGUGUGUGUACCAGUAUGUGAUUGAG